UACAGGAACUACGGCUGCCAGUUUUCCAAAAGGUUGUCACAUGGUACACUGACAUCAUGGUCAUGUGACCGGACGUCAUCAAGGUCCUAAACCUGGAGGAUAGAACCUAGCCACUGCCUAUUAUUUACGUUUUAGCUCUAGUUUAUUUCCUGCAGACAUGUCCCGGGUGCGGCAGCCUCCUCUGGUGACUGGCAUCUCCCCCAAAGAGGGCAUCUCCUGGACCAAGGUUACCAUCAGAGGGGAGAACCUGGGCACCGGCCCCUCAGAUCUCAUAGGUUUAACCAUAUGUGGACACAAUUGUCUUCUGACAGCAGAGUGGAUAUCUGCCAGCAAAAUAGUUUGUCGGGUUGGACAAGACAAGAAUGAUAAAGGAGACAUCAUUGUUACAACAAAAUCUGGAGGAAAGGGGACUUCAACUGUAUUUUUCAAGUUGGUCAAGCCUGACAAAAUUGGUAUUUUGGAUGCGUCAGCAGUAUGGGUAGAAGAAAUGAAUUAUUAUGAUUUACGCACAGAUAGGAAUAAAGGGAUAUCUCCUCUAUCUCAAAGACCUGCUAAUCCCUUGGGUAUCGACAUCGACAGGGGAAAGGUACCACAUUCAGACUUUGAGGCAUUGUUUCCGGGAAAAAGUGGGGACUUCAACAGCGAGAAGUUUUCUGCCACAUGGUAUCUCAUAGAAAACCACUCAACAGCAAGUCUUGAACAAUUGAAAAUUGCAGCCAAUAACCUGAAAAAGCAAGCAAGCAAGAAAAAUGAAGGGAACGUUGCCUAUGUGAAAGGAGGACUUAGUACAUUUUUUGAGGCUCAGGAUGCAUUAGCAGCAAUCCAUCAAAAACUGGAGGCGGAUGGCACGGAAAAAGUAGAAGGGUCAAUGACGCAAAAAUUGGAGAAAGUUCUGAAAAGUGCAAGUACCACAGCGGAUACUCUGUUUCAAGAAGUGCUGGGGAGGAAGGAUAAAGCGGACUCCACUCGAAAUGCGCUGAACGUUCUGCAGAGAUUUAAAUUUUUAUUCAAUCUGCCCCUCAACAUUGAGAAAAAUAUUCAGAAGGGUGAUUAUGAUGUUGUUAUUAAUGACUAUGAAAAGGCCAAAUCCUUGUUUGGAAAGACUGAAGUGGAUGUAUUUAAGAAAGUUUAUGCUGAAGUAGAAACCAGAAUUGAUGCUUUGAGAGAAUUACUUUUGGCUAAACUUUUGGAAACCCCUUCCACUCUGCAUGACCAGAAGCGCUACAUCAGAUAUCUUUCCGAACUCCACGCUCCGGGUGACCCGGCUUGGCAGUGUAUUGGAGCACAGCACAAAUGGAUUCUACAGCUCAUGCACAGCUGUAAAGACGGCUAUGUGAAAGAACUAAAAGGAGACUCUUAUCGGAGGUCGCCGAGGACCCUGCUGUAUACGUCAUUAGGAAGCACAUGUCUCCAGAGUCCAAUGCUCGAUAUUGAUAGCGAUGACCGUCCAUCUCCAAUUGCCCGGCUCAGCCAGACAGCAUCACUGAAGAGAGGCAGCAGUUUUCAGUCUGGAAGAAAUGACUCUUGGAAGUAUAAAACGCCCCCUCAAGCAGAGUUUGUGGAGAAAUUAACAAAAGUCGUGGUGUCUCAACUUCCAAACUUCUGGAAACUCUGGAUAUCAUAUGUAAAUGGAAGUCUUUUUAGUGAGACUGCAGAGAAAUCUGGACAAAUGGAAAAAUACCGAAAAAAUGUAAAACAAAGACCAAAUGAUUUUAAGAAAAUGAUACAAGAAGUGAUGCAGUGUUUGGUGAAGCUCAUCCGUGGAGCCUUACUCCCAACGUCUCUGAGUCAAGAGGAUGUGAUGGUUUAUGGAGGUUGGGGAUCGAAGGCUGAGUUAUCCGGGCCUUGGUUAGCUCAUGUCGUCCAGACUGUGAGGCAUACAUAUGAAUCACUAACUGCUCUAGAGAUCCCCAAUGAUAUUCUGCAGUCUAUACAAGACCUCAUAUUGGAUUUGCGAGAGACUUGUGUAAAGGUCACUUUGCAGCAAACUGCCGAAGAGGUGAAGAAGCUGGCUGACAAAGAAGAUUGGGUGGUGGACAAUGAAGGUUUAACAUCUUUGCCAUCACAGUUCGAGCAGAGUGUUACUCAGGCUCUGCAGUCACUAAAAGGUGUCAUAGAAUGUAAACCUGCUGAAGCAAGUGUUUUUCAGAAUCCGAAAACACAGGAUCAUUUGUGCACUCUCUGCAUUAACAUAAUCCAGGCUUUUAUAUCUACUCUUGAAUACCUAAGUAACAAACCCGAAGGAGAUGUGGAUACAAUGCAUGUUUCAGCUGAUAUUUCAUCUCCUGACUUAUUCGGAAGUCUUAAUGAAGAGCCCACAAUAUCCUCUGAGAAAAAGCUCCUAAUUGUUUUAAGCAAUUGUAACUAUCUGGGACGACAUACUUUGAUAAACAUUGCUGACCAUUUUGAGAAACAUGGCUUUCAGGGAAUAGAGACCAUAACAAAGGCCAGCACAGAGUCUCUAAGGGAACUGGACCAAAGUUUAUUUGAAAAAUUUAUCGAGACUAAAGCAGACCCUAUUGUUGGAUCUCUGGAGCCUGGUAUUUAUGCUGGUUACUUCGACUGGAAAGACUGCCUUACUCCCACAGGUGUCAGAAAUUACUUAAAGGAAGCGUUAGUGAGUAUGAUUGUUGUACAUGCAGAGGUCUUCUCUAUUUCUAAACAACUAGUCCCAAGAGUAAUGUCAAGAAUUGUGGAAGCUGUAGGAGAAGAGCUUUGUCGUCUCAUGCAAUGCGUAUCUUCGUUCAGCAGGAAUGGUGCUUUACAGGCACGCCUUGAGAUUUGUGCACUGAAAGACGCUGUAUCUAUUUAUCUAACUGAUGAGAUCAGGUCUACGUUUGACCAAGCACUGGAAGCCAUUCCCCAGCUUUCAAAUGGAAGUGACAAAAAGUCACUAGAGCAGCUGAUGAAUGAAUUUAAGAGCAGUAUGCACUUACAACUUGUGUGCUUCCAGCCUUCCUCCAACUAUGAGAAGAAGACCUGAGCAACCAGCAUAUCCUAUGUCUUCUCAUUGCCUGUGCAGGUUUACUGUAGCCUCAGUUUUUGCCAUGUCUGUAUUACGUUUUGAUAUUGAAACAAAGCUCCUUGUUAUUACUAACUGUUGUUCCAGAGAUAUGCACUACUCUUUGUUAUGUACCACUAAUGCUACAUUAUGUAACAACAUGAAAUAAAAGCUUGUUUUCUCCUAGAA